AGCCAGCCAGCCCGCCGAGCAGCCAGCGAGCCACACCUCCCUCUCUCUCUCUCAGUCGCUCGUUGCCCGUGUCCACAAGCUUCCCAAGGCGGCAAUCCUCCCUACACUUGACGCUGGAGAGGCUACAGUCAAGCGCCGCUGGAACCACUUGCAGUACCUCUAAAGUGUGCCGGUUAAGAGUCCUGCCGGCUGUCUGCGAACCGGUUUACAGGCACUCCACUUUGACCUUCCUCUUCAGCAGGGACUUUGGAUAAGGAGUCACCAAGAUGUCACCCGUCAGAGUCACAGACAUGCGGUGGAGUUGGGUUAGGAAAAACCUGCUCCUGCUGCUUACCUUCUCAGGUGUCCUAUUCGGCGUGGCCCUCGGUUUGGCCCUACGAGCUGCUGGACCAGACGAUACCACCAUCUUGCUCAUCUCGUACCCCGGGGAGCUGUUUAUUAGGAUGCUCAAACUCAUGAUUCUGCCACUAAUCAUCGCCUCCCUCAUAUCAGGGUCUGCCAGCCUGAAUGCCAAAACCAACGGCUACAUCGUGGUUCGUACAGUCUUCUACUUCAUGGCCACGUCCCUGCUCAACGCGCUGCUUGGGGUCCUGCUGGUCAUCGCCAUUCAUCCCGGGUCGCCCCUGGCCAAGCAGGCUCUCACGGAAGGGAUGAGCACCGGGUCCAACACAACCUCCAACGUGAAUAUCCUGGACGGGUUUUUAGAUCUAGGGAGAAACAUCUUCCCAGAGAACAUCUUCCAAGCGUCCUUCCAACAGGUUCACACGGUUUACGAGGAACAGAUGGGUACCCAACGUGACAACAUAACCGGAAUGGACGCCAAGAUAACAGAGAUAGUCCGAUCGGUCAAGUACAGGGCCGGCACCAACACACUGGGCAUCAUCGUGUUCUGCCUGGUCUUCGGGACGCUGCUGGGCUCCCUCGGCAAGAAAGGCGCCGUGGUCGUCGACUUUUUCUCUGUUAUUGACACCGUGAUUCUCAAAAUAGUCACCGGCGUCAUGUGGUUGUCCCCUCUGGGCGUUGCAAGCGUCAUCAUGAGCAAGAUUCUGAGCGUUGAGAAGCUUGCCACCGUCAUGAGUAACCUCGGCCUGUUCAUCGUGACCGUGGUCGUGGGUGUCUUCAUCUACCAAUGGAUCAUCCAGAAUCUGAUCUACUUCAUCUUCACGAGGCGCAACCCAUUUGAAUUCUACUUCCACCUCCUUGAGCCCUGGGUUACCUCCUUUGCGACCGCCUCUACGGCGGCCACGCUGCCUAUAACCUUCCGCUGUAUGAACGAUAAGUGCGGAGUGGACCCAAGGAUCUCACGGUUCGUGCUGCCCAUCGGUGCCACGGUUAACAUGGACGGCACCGCGCUCUUCGUCUCCGUGGGCACCGUGUUCAUAGCGCAGAUGAACGAGCUGCCGCUGGGCAUUGGGGAAUAUGCUACCAUUAUUGUUACCGCCACGGCCGCCAGUGUUGCCAGCGCCUCCGUCCCCUCGGCAGCUCUGGUCCUCAUCCUCAUCGUCCUCACCUCAGUCAACUUGCCCGCCGAGGACGUGUCUCUGCUCUUCGCUAUUGACUGGCUUGUUGACCGGUUCCGCACUACAAAUAACAUGCUGGGAGACUGUUACACCGCCGCCAUAGUCGAGCACUGGAGUCAGAACGAACUCAAGGCCAUGGAUGCUGACGUUAGCGCUGAUACUCACUACGCUGACGUCGAGAAGGCCGCUGACUUGGCCCCCUUGGUAACUCAGAAUGAUUUGGACCGUGAGACCUUGCUGCAUGACCCGCCAGCGCUUCUGCUCAAGGGCGCGGACGCCUCACUGAGCAAUGGGAAGCCUGUAGGAGCCGAGGAAGUCCUGCACGUGGAGGUGGAGUCGCCCCCGAAGGAUUCCAACACCACCACCAAGAUCUAAAGCAGCGCUGUAUAUAGUAUUAAGUGUUCCAUUACGAUCCCUUUGUGAAUGUCAAGUAGAGGAACGCAACGUGACUUAUCUGGCGGUUAGUUAAGUCACGGCUUGAGUCGUGACUUAGAGUAUUAGCAUUAAGUGCAGCCUCUAUAUCUUGGCUUAGGGGGAUGGCCAGCACAUUUUGGCAUAUAUUCUUGAACGUCUCUGGCUCCCAUUAAGAUGAUUUCCCAAGGCCACAGAGAAGAGUAACCAGGUUUUCAUGUGUAAUUUUAUAGUUGAAGAUGUAGAAGCCAUGUCAAACUAUCCCCAGACUCACUCUAUCUCUGUCUUCUUCAAUGUCUCUGGCUCCCUUUACGACUUUUUCCCAAGGCCAAAGAGAAGAGUAACCAGGUUUUCAUGUGUAAUUUUAUAGCUGAAGAUUUAGAAGCCAUGUCAAACUAUCACCAGCCUCACUCUAUCUCUGUAUCUCUGUCUUCUUCAGUGUCUCUGGCUCCUAUUACGACUUUUUCCCAAGGCCAAAGAGAAGAGUAACCGGGUUUUCAUGUGUAAUUUUAUAGUUGAAGAUUUAGAAGCCAUGUCAAAGUAUUACCAGCCUCACUCUAUCUCUGUAUAUCUGUCUUCUUCAAUGUCUCUGGCUCCUAUUACGACUCUUUCCCAAGGCCACAGGGAGGAUUAACCGGGUUUUCAUGGGUGAUUUUCCUGUUUAAGAUGCAGAAGCCAUGUCAAACUAUCACCAGCCUCACUCUAUCUGUCUUCUUCAAUGUCUCUGGCUCCCAUUACGACCAUUUCCCAAGGCCAAAGAGAAGACAGACAAGGUCUCCAAGGGUGAUUUUCCUGUUUAAGAUGUAGAAGCCAUGUCAAACUCUCUCCAGCUUCACAAAACAGUCCAUGUAAAUCCCAGCAACCUGUACAAUGGGAGGCUUUUCAGACAGGUUAAACAAGGCACUAAGAGGAUUAGGACUAUAGCCUACGGAGGGAUGAAUUAGACAGGGGAGAGGAAUAUGAAUGACAGGACAUACUCAUUAACUCUCAUGAUGUUAUAGGAUGACAUGUAUAUAAUAAAUCUUCUCCAGGGAGCCUAAAAACAUAGCUACAAGGUGUUAUUUGUAUUGCUAAGACUGAUGAAAGAAUGAAGGUGCUGGUUAACUCUUGCAUAAGGUAUCUGGAUAGCAUAUCAGUGAGACUAACUAACACUGUGAUGGUCAUCGGUCAGCUGCGAUAAUACGGUUAAGUCAUUGGUCACACUCCUAUAGUCACCUCAAAGUCCAAAAGCUCUUACAAUUGAGUGUGUGUGUGUGUGUGUGUGUGUGUGUGUGUGUGUGUGUGUGUGUGUGUGUGUGUGUGUGUG